CGCCGCGCAGGCGCCCGGAACGGCGGCCGAUUUCUUCCUCGUAGCUGGGAAAGGGAGAGGAUGGGUUUCCCCGCUGCCCGCGUUUUCGGGCCGCUGACGCUUCUGUGCGCCUCCUGGUGCCUCUUGGGGCGUCUCUCCGGGGCCGACGGCUUCAGGAGGAGAGGACCCACCGUGACCGCUAAGGUAUUCUUUGAUGUACAGAUUGGUGGCAGAGAUGUUGGAAGAAUUGUAAUUGGAUUGUUUGGAAAAGUGGUACCAAAGACAGCAGAAAACUUUGUUAAACUUGCAACUGGAGAAAAAGGUUUUGGGUAUAAAGGAAGCAAAUUUCAUCGUGUUAUCAAAGAUUUCAUGAUUCAAGGAGGUGACUUCACAGCUGGAGAUGGCACUGGAGGAGUGAGCAUCUAUGGAGACAGGUUUCCUGAUGAAAACUUUAAGCUCAAGCACUACGGUAUUGGAUGGGUCAGCAUGGCUAACUCUGGCCCAGAUACUAAUGGUUCCCAGUUCUUCAUUGCUGUGACAAGGCCUGGCUGGUUAGAUGGAAAACAUGUAGUAUUUGGAAAAGUUAUUGAUGGAAUGGCUGUGGUGCAUGCCAUAGAACUGCAGCAAACAGAUGAGCAUGACCACCCUCUUCAAGACUGUGUGAUUGUUAAUAGUGGGAAAAUAGAUGUGAAAGAACCAUUUGUGGUUGAAGUAGAUGACUGGAUAAGUUGACAGAGUGUGCAAAGGAACGAAUCAUCUUUGAUGGUGAAAGCCAUAACUGAUCUGGAUACAGACUUGCUGGUAGUGUCAUGCAACUCAAUCCUGCCCAGAAAGGAAGGAACCUUUUUACAGUUUUGGACAAGAGAUCUUUCAAUCAAGGAAGCUUACUAUUACUACCUGAACCUGGGCUUUCUCUGCUAUUGUCCCCACUUUUCCAAGGAAGUAAGGAAGGCUCUGACUUUGGCAUUUUUUAAAUAAAUGAAUAAAUAAAGCAGUUUUCCCCCCG